AUGUUAUUCUUUUCUGUCCUCUCCCUCCUCGCCGCAACGACCCUCGUCUCAGCAAUCCUCACCCCGGACCCUGGAAACGACUACUCCUGCACUUCCAGCCACAAUCCUGUCAUAACCCUCCACGGUCUCGGCGCAACCUACUAUGAAGACAUCAACUUCCUUGGCGACUGGCUCAAAUCCCAGGGAUUUUGCGUUUACCGCGCCACCUACGGCGCAUACCCUGCUUUCCCACUCGUCGGCGGAUUCCUACCCAUUAAUGAAAGCGCCGCCGAAAUCGCAGAUUUCAUAAAAGAUGUCGCUACGAAUACCGGCAAGAGCAAGAUAGAUCUUGUGGGACACUCUGAGGGUGCUUUUCAGUCUUUGUAUGUGCCGAAAUUCGAGGCCGGCAUUUCGGCACUUGUGCAACGGAUCGUUAGCAUCGCGCCUCCUACGCGCGGCACAAAUUUCGCGAACUUGAUCACUUUGGCGCAGGAUUUGGGUAUUGAUAAUCUUGUGCAAGAUGUGCUUCAUACAUUUGGAUGUGACGCGUGUAAUGAUUUGGUCGAUGGUGGCGCGGCGAUUGAGCAAUUGAAUGAUGGUACACCCAUUGUUCAACCGGGAAACCAGCUGACUGUUAUUAUUUCUCGAAAUGAUGAACUCGUUACGCCGACCUCGACUUCACCUGUUAAUGAGGCUGGAGUUAGGAAUGAAUAUGUCCAGGAUUAUUGUCCCCUGGAUCCCGUGGGACAUAUUGGAGAGGCAUAUGAUUUGAAUGUGUGGAAUAUGGUGAAGAAUGCUUUGACGGAUGGUACGGCGAAGAACUUCAUUUGCGUGUUUGGAAGCCCUGGCAAAAACCUUCGCAUUUGGAUGGAUGCGUAA